AUGGACGCCCUACUAGGGCGGCUCGGGGCGCAACUAACGAACUAUGCCAUACGAACUGGCAUAACCCUUACAUCCACCUAUGCCGUUGGGCAGUGCUCGAGACUGCUCAAGACCAUCGAUGACAGAAGCGUCCGCGCCGAGCUCAAGAGCCUGCAAGACCAGCUCAACGGCAAGGUCAAGAUCCUGUCGCCCAUCAUAGACUUGAUAGAGUUUAAGUCUGGACGGGGCAACGUCUUUCUUGAAUCCGCCGUCCCGUUGGCAAAGUCUCUGCACCGCGACAUUGUUUCUCUAGGCACUAGACUUGAAAAUGCCGCCAUCGCAGAAGAGGGCUCUCAGAGGUCAGGGACCAAAGCCAAGACCGCCGAAGCUCACCAUGCGGAACUGUUGAGCAUCAUCCGCGACAUCAAGGCGCUGUUGGCACGUAUUGACAGAGAGAUCCCCUCCCUGCAAAUCGCCAUCACUGCCUCCGGAGAAACCUUGUCAUCGACCAUGCCCACGGGCAUAUCACCGUCACGAUUCCUCCAGGCCAGCUUCUUCUUGAACCUCGGGGACACACAGUUUGCCAGUGAUCCCUCGCGCCCGGUUCAAAUCGGCCCCAACUUCAACCUUUCCCUUUACAUGCUCUUCGUGGGACACACCCAGGCCGCCACGCAACCCGGCUCCCGUGGACUUGCAAGACCGGCUACCCCAGACCCAUCCCGAGCAGGCUCCCCACAGAAGGAUGAGCCGUACGGGUUUGGAGAGGGCGAGAGGAGACCUAUUUGGCAGGAGGUCUUGCACAAGGCUCGAGUGCGGCUAUGCAGAACCCCGAUCCAGUGGAAAUUUGACCAUAAUCAAGGGUACGUCCCCGACGGCUUCUCAAUGCCAGGCCAGGAGUCUGGCUACCCAGGAGACGGGGCCUUCGGGCGGCCCGACGAAUACGCGUACCAUUUCGAGCUCGUGGAGGACUUGAACGAUGGUAGAGUGCAUGAAGGCGGCGACACCAAGACUCGCCCGUAUGACACAAUCACUCAAGCAGGAAUACGCGAAUCGAUCCCCAUCCAUCAGAUCUCCCGUAUCUUCUACACAGACAGUGGCAGAAUUCUCAAUAUCGGAAACUCUGACGAGGCCGGCAACAACCCUAUACUUCUCCUGAAGAGAGAGGUGAACGCUGCAGGUAACAUUGAGGUCGAAGAGGAGACUGUGGAAGCUCAUCAAUUCAACCCGAUCAAGGUUAUCAGCGCCUCGGGCGGUGAUGAUGCCGACUAUGAACAAGACGAAAUCGACCGGCAGUUGCGUGAGGAAACUGGGGUGCCGGACUUGAAAGCCGUGGCGAAGCCACACCCACUAGGCCUGCAUUUGCCGCCUCACCUUGAUCCCGAAUGGCUCGCUUUUGAGGUCUUUUCAGAGGACAGUAACUGCGACUCAUCAGACUCGGAAGAUGAAGCAGACGAGGACAGCGAGGGCGAGCAGACAGUGCCCACCGUCAAAGCAAAACGACCAGCGGCAUCUCACAAUCCCUCACUCGAUGCGAAUUUGAUGGCGCAGAUCAAGACACUCUCUGUACAAUCCCCAACAGGGCUCAACGACAUAUCCAGCAAGUCAGCAUCGAAAGAGUUGGAGAGGCUGGACGCACGGCGGGAAGAGCAAUUUGUGGCUAGGUCGCCAUUUAGCUCGAUCACCUCAUCGCUGUCGUUGAUGGAAAUGCUCAUCCGGCUCACGAGCCUUCAAGAGUUUCAGCAGGCGGCGCACCUAUCGAUACCGGACCACAUCCUAUCCUUCUUCUUGGAGGAGACGUCGACCACGGGGCUGAAGGGGGAGGAGAGGUGGAGGGUGAGGAACGAGGCGGAACGGCGCGUCGGGUUUGACCCUUACACUGAUACCCCUACCAAAUAA